AUGCAACAUUCGGGCGACGCCGAUCAGAGGAGCGGUAAGCGCAAAUCGAUCGGCAAGAGGAAGCUGUCUGAUCAAGGAGAGCAAUCGCAGCAGUCGACCAUCUCAGAGCUUCUGUCGCAGAAAAACAAAUCCCACCAUUUGUCAGACUUUCCUAAUUCCAAGCGAUCCCGCUUAUCCGUCUCACCUUCCCUCUCCGCCACGCACCCUUCCACCACGAUGUAUAACUUCUUCGGAUCCAAGUCCCCGGAUAAUGCUGCCUUUGGCAAAAGUGUACCAGGUUCAAAUAAUGCGCUGAAAACAAAUUCAACCAAUUCGUCUGUUCGUGGGUUCAGUCCCCAUGUUGGGGCGAAGAAACUUGUUGUCAAGAAUCUGCGCAUUGGACCUCGCGCCAACCACGAACCGUACUUUGAUAAAACAUGGGCACAACUGGAUACAGCAUUGACGGACAUCUUUAAUGAUCGGAAGCCAGAGGCUUCUCUGGAGGAGCUUUACAAAGGUGCUGAAAACAUUUGUCGACAGGACCAGGCAGCUUUGCUUGCCAAUAAGGUCCAGGAUAGAUGUAAACAAUACGUUUCUGGAAAACUUCGCCAGAGCUUGGUCACCCGAGCAGGAGGUGGAAGUGCUGUGGAUACAUUGCGGACCGUGAUUGAGGCGUGGGCAUCAUGGCAUGCGAAGCUUAUUACUGUUCGCUGGGUCUUUUACUACCUGGACCAAUCUUUCCUCUUGCAUUCUAAAGAGUUUCCUGUUAUUCAUGAAAUGGGUCUGAAUUUGUUCCAGUCCUACCUCUUCGCUGACCAGAGUCUCAAGCCCAAGACAUUACAAGGUGCCUGUGACCUUAUUGCAGCCGAUCGGGACCCAGAGCUCGCUACUGUUUCGGACCCGAGCUUGCUUCGGAAUGCGAUCGAGCUUUUUCAUAAACUUGAUGUCUACAAUAAGGAUUUCGAGCCUCUGUUUAUGGCUCAUACGAGUAGUUAUGUUAGCGCGUGGGCUGUUCGGGAAACCGAAGGAUCCCUUGCUUCAUACGUCGAGAAGAGCCAGCACUUGAUUGAACGCGAAGUAGAGCGAUGCGGGGUAUUCUCCCUCAAUCGAAGCACGAAGCAAAAGCUCUCUGAACUCUUGGACGAUAUCCUGAUCUCCCGGCAUUACAAUGUCCUUCUCAAACAAGAUGAAGUGGUAGGCUUGCUGCGAUCAGGUAACAAGAUCGCUUUGAAACAACUAUAUGGUCUACUCAGCCGUCGCAGCCUCUCUGUCAAGCUGAAAGCACCAUUUGGUACCUUUAUCUCAGAAGAAGGCAAGCGGAUUGUCUUUGAUGAGAAGCAUGAAGGGGAGAUGGUAAACCGCUUGCUUGAAUUCAAGGAGCAGCUAGACUCGAUCGAAUCUGCUUGCUUUAACGGCGAUCAAGAACUCAGCAAUACCCUUCGGGAAUCCUUUGGUCACUUUAUGAAUCUGAGUAAAACUGGUGAUUCCACUGGUGGUACCGAUAACCCCAAGACGGGAGAGAUGAUUGCUAAAUAUGUCGACCGUUUGUUGAAAGGGGGAUGGAAGAUGUCAUCUGGUCAAGGUGCGGUAGAUGAAGAUACCGAGAUUCAUCGACAGCUCGAUCAGGUGCUCGACCUGUUUCGAUUUGUGCAAGGCAAGGCGGUGUUUGAGGCAUUUUACAAGACCGAUCUUGCUCGACGUUUGCUAUUGGGCCGAAGCGCAAGCGAAGAUGCCGAAAAAAGCAUGCUCGUUCGUUUAAGGAAAGAAUGCGGCUCUGGAUUCACUCAUAACCUUGAAUCAAUGUUCAAGGAUAUGGACGUUGCACGCGAUGAGAUGAGUAACUACAGUUCCAUUCUGAAGGAAAGGAGCAGUAGACAUCGCUCUGCGAUUGACCUUCACGUCAGUGUGCUUUCUGCAGCCGCUUGGCCGACAUACCCGGAUAUCCCAGUUCGGAUCCCACCAGCUGUGACAUCGUCGAUCAGUGAUUUUGAAAAGUUUUAUCACAGCAAACACACCGGCCGCAAACUUAUCUGGAAACACCAACUCGCACACUGCCAACUGCGCGCCCAAUUUCCUACUGGCAAAAAAGAAUUAAUGGUCAGCUCCUUCCAGGCAAUUGUGCUGCUAUUGUUUAAUGACGUCUCUCAUGGAGUGCGUCUAAGCUAUACACAGAUUCAGGAAAGCACCGGACUCUCUGAUCCGGAGCUUAAGCGAACGCUACAGUCACUUGCAUGUGCCAAGUAUCGGGUUCUAACCAAGAGUCCAAAAGGAAAAGAAGUAGAGACAACUGAUAAAUUUGCAUACAAUGCCUCAUUCAAUGACCCAAAGAUGCGAAUCAAGAUCAAUCAGAUCCAGCUCAAGGAAACUAAGGAGGAGAACAAAGUGAUGCACGAACGAGUGGCAGCAGACAGACACUUUGAAACACAAGCUGCUGUUGUACGCAUCAUGAAGAGUCGCAAGAAGAUCACACACGCCGAAUUGUUUGCGGAAGUCAUCGAGGCAACUCGCACACGGGGCACACUCCAGCCUGUAGAUAUCAAGAAGAACAUUGAGAAAUUGAUUGAGCGGGAGUACAUUGAGCGUGGCGAUGAUAACACCUAUAUCUACAUGGCUUAG